AAAAUAUAUUAAAUAACCAUACAAAAGUUCCAACUGGACAAAGACCUUACACACGCGAAAUUUGUUUAUAUAAAUCUCAAACCAUUGAAAAGGGUUGUUCCCAGGACACAAUGAAAAUGAUGGAAAUAUUAGCCGAACACUCAUAUCAUAAAGACCCAGGUUAUCUGCAGGAUGAAAACAAAAUGGAAGUUAUGCAAAAUCUCAUGCAAGAUUCAUCUUACAAAGGAAACGACAUCAGCCAAGACACUGAAAAAAACACAUUAAACAAAAAUAUGAAUAUUGGGACUAGAAAAAGACGAUAUAAAUGUGAAAUUUGUUUCAAGCAAUUUAGUAGAGCAUGUAUUUUGAAAAUACAUUUAAGAAAGCACACUGGGUUAAAACCGUACAAGUGUGGAAUUUGUUUUAAGCAAUUUAGUCAAAAUGUAAAUUUAAAAAAUCAUUUGAGAGUACACACUGGAGAAAAACCAUACAAGUGUGAGAUUUGUUUUAAGCAGUUUACUACACCAAGUCACUUGAAACCACAUUUGAGAGUGCAUACUGGGGAAAAACCAUACAAGUGUGAGAUUUGUUUUAAGCAGUUUAGUGAAGCAGGAAGUUUGAAAAGACAUUUAAGAGCGUCUACCAGAGAAACACCUUACAAGUGUGAAAUUUGUUUUAAGCAGUUUAGUCAGGCAUGUGAUUUGAAAACACAUCUAAGAGUGCAUACUGGAGAAAAACCAUACAAGUGUGAAAUUUGUUUUAAGCAGUUUACACUUCACUAUUUGUUGAAAAUACAUAUGAGAAUACAUACUGGUGAAAAACCAUACAAGUGUGGAAUUUGUUUUAAGCAGUUUACUACAGCAACUAAUUUGAAACGACAUAUGCGAUUACACACUGGAGGUAAACCUUACAAGUGUCAAAUCUGUUUUAAGCAGUUUAGCGAAACAGGUUCCUUAAAAAAACAUUUGAGAGUGCACACUGGAGAAAGAUCUUACAAGUGUGAAAUCUGUUUUAAGCAGUUUAGUUACACAUGUUGUUUAAAAGUGCAUUUAAGAGUACACACUGGAAAAAAACCAUACAACUGUGAAAUUUGUUUCAAGCAAUUUAGUGAAAGAGGAAAUUUGAAGAGACAUUUGAGGGUGCAUACAGGGUUAAAACCAUACAACUGUGAAAUUUGUUGUAAGCAAUUUAGUAAUGCAAGUCAUUUGAAAACACAUUUGAGAGUGCACACUGGGUUAAAACCAUACAAGUGUGGAAUUUGUUUUAAGAAAUUUAGUCAAGCUGGAACUUUGAAAAAUCAUUUAAGUGUACACACUGGAGAAAAACCAUACAAGUGUGAAAUUUGUUUUAAGCAGUUUAGUGAAAAAGGUAGUUUAAAAAAACAUUUAAGAGCGCAUACCGGAGAAACACCCUACAAGUGUGAAAUUUGUUUUAAGCAGUUUAAUCAGGCAGGUAGUUUGAAAACACAUCUAAGAGUGCACACUGGAGAAAAAUCUUACAAGUGUGAAAUCUGUUUUAAGCAGUUUAGUCACGCAGGUACUUUAAAAGUGCAUGUAAGAGUACACACUGGAGAAAAACCAUACAAGUGUGAAAUUUGUUUUAAGCAAUUUAGUGAAGGAGGUAAUUUAAAAAGGCAUUUAAGAUUGCAUACUGGAGAAACACCUUACAAGUCGUAACGAUACAGAAACACUUUAAUUUUUUUCAAGUGCCAUCUGUCGUGUUCAUAUUGACGAUGAUAUAUCGAACUCAUUGCCAAGUGCCAACAUUGGUCCAAGAAACUUCACCCAAACCAACACGGCGAGCAUGAGGCUUCUCUGUGGGUCCUUGUAUUCUACUCCUCUGCAUUGUCCGUGCAUACGGUACAGUAUCAGUAAAAAGAAAUUAAUUUCGAUAUAAUUGCUUUAUUUUCAGUAAUAUUUAGUAAUAUUUUGUAUUUUGACAACGACACCCGAUUUGGGCGUCGAAACGUUAAUAAAACCAUUUUUUAGUAAAAUUGUGACUUAUUUCUUAUUAAAAAUAGUUAAUUAUAAAAAUGCCACAAGGAAAUAGCUUCAGAGCAACUUUAUUUUCUCAUUCUAUUAUGGUUUGUUUUUAAACCAAGAGGAGUGAUUCAAAUUUACCGCGCUGUAAUGCUUGUUUGUAAUUGGUUAAACCGCAGGCAAGUUUACUCCACUGUUAUAAAAUUUUGACACUAAUGACAUUUAUCAAAUUUUGACACAAUUGGCAUUUCAUACGUUAAUUAAGAUAUAUCGGCGAUUUUUUGUAUUUUCUGCGUUAUUCCUUUAAUUUUUAGAUUUUUAGAGUUAAUUUUAGAACUCUUUAGCCACGUAUUAGUAUAAUAUAAUAUUUAUGAUUUACCGUCAAAGGCCUAUAUGAUCAACCAAAAAAGAAGAUGUAUUUGGUAAUUAUUCUAGUGGCUUCCUUGGGUAUGAAUCUGUCUUUUUAGUUUACUCCUCCGGGUUAAAAAAUCAACCAUAGUUAUAAUCCAGAAUCUACAUUCUAGUCAUUCUGAAGUUACUUUAUAUAAAAAAAUCUGUCUCUGUCGACAGGCAAGUACAAGACUCUAUUAAAAAACUUAGCUUGUGGCGUGAAGGCUUCUUCCGGUGCUGUCCUAGGUUAUUUAAAGCUCAAGAUCUUCGAGAGGCGUCAGCGUAGUUUGAUGAUGGUUGCCUCUGGAGCUAUUUGAAUUUUCUUGCACCCAUCGGGUGUUUGGUUGGGGAAACUGCUACCUUCUCAUGAAUCCAUGUGGUAUUCUGGGAAACAAAUCUACAAUCUGAGAACAAA